CUGCAGCGAUAACACGAGAAGAACACACUGCGGGCCCCGCGGUGCGGCGCGCCGUGCUGCCGCGCUCAGUCCCCGGCCGGCGCUGCGCCGCUGUGGUGGCCGCGGCAACCUCGUCGCGUCGCCGAUAGCCUACUUGUGUCGUAUCGCACCCCGACCGCCCCCGCCCCUGUCGCGUCUCAGUGCAGCAGGGUCGACGACAAUUGUGAUUUGAUUUGUGACUGUGGGAAACGUACCCGAGAGGCCAUAAGCUUCUUAUGUGUUCAGCUUCUCGUUCGAGUGUGCAAGUGCCGGCAAUAAGUUGAUUUCUUAUUUACUUUUUGCAAAGUGCUUUAUGGUGCUGCGAGUCGUUCCCGCCGCUCCCGCUCGCCGCGCGUCGUCAUCGCCAUGAUUGGAUAAUAGCCGCAACGAGGCUCGAUGUGGGCGUGGGAUCGACGUCAGCGUCUUUGACACCAACGCCGCCGCCAUGAGCUACCCGACCGUGAGCGCGGCUCCGCGACGUCCGCUCUCCCUGGCGGCCGCACCCAUGGAGCGCCCCCACGGCCCCGGGCCCGGCGCGGCCCAGCACCACCAGCACCCGGCGUGGCAGAGCGUGGAGGGGGCCCCGCUGGGGCUCGGACACCCUCCAGGACACCCCCUGGGGCACCCGCUGGGGCACCCACUCGGACACCAGCUGGGGCACCCGUUCCCAACGCCCCCUCGCAAGAGGCACUCUGACGGACCCGCGGACCGCAAGGAGUCCGCCAAGGACGCCUCCAAGGACCCCAACAAGAAGAAGUGGUCUCUCGGCGGGGCCCUCGGGCUGGGCGGCUCAAUCGGGGGGUCUUUCGGGGGCCUGUUUCGCCGGCGCCGGAAGUCCGAGUCGUCCAGCUCGCUCGAAGAGGAGGAGCUGGCCACACCGCCGUCCGCACGUCGGUCCACCAGCAGCAGCAACAACAACAACAACUUUCUUAGGCGGCGUCGAGACAACAACAGCAACAGCAACAACAACAGCAAGAGGAAACCCCGGGGCGGCGCGCGCGUCUCGGGGGCGUUCGACCACGUGGUGGUGACGCCCCUGGCGCAGCCGCUCGGGCCGCCGUACAGCCCCACCAAGGCGGAGCACCGCGUCGAGCCCAUCAACGGCGCCUACCUUAUCAACGUGCAGGCGCCCUUCAGCCCGCUCGACAGCCAGUUCGGCGGCAGCUUCCCCAAGGCCCUCAACAUGCACCGCGAGUGGGUCCCCCCGCACCACCACCCGUACCAAGUCCAAAAAUCAGGUGGUGAUGGAAAUUAA